AAUUAGGAUAGAUAAAUGCUUGAUUAACAUAAUAUUAAAUAACAAUGGUUAUAUGUAUUAAUUACUUUAGAUCAUCAGUUUCUGAAUUGAAUCUUCUUGUGAUGUGAUAUCUUGCAUUAAUCGGUUUUGUCUUUUGCAAAGGAAAAAUGGCAUUCAGUAAAGGCUAUCGUAUCUAUCAUAAGCUGGACCCACCACCAUUCAGUGUAAUUGUGGAAGCUAGAAACAAGGAAGAAUGUCUCAUGUUUGAAUCUGGAGCUGUGGCUGUUCUCUCAUGUGCUGAGAAAGAGGCAAUCAAGAAUAUGUACUCCAAGGUAAUGGAUGCAUAUGGACUCCUAGGUGUAUUAAGGUUAAACCUUGGAGAUACAUUACUGCAUUAUUUAGUACUUGUCACAGGAUGCAUGUCUGUUGGAAAAAUUCAAGAUUCUGAAGUUUUUCGUGUUACUUCCACUGAUUUGAUAUCACUAAGAGCUGAUCCUUCAGAUGAGGAACGUGUCUCUGAAGUGCGCAAAGUAUUGAAUUCAGGAAACUUUUAUUUUGCUUGGUCUUCUGCUGGAGUCAGUUUAGAUCUUAGUCUAAAUGCUGAUCGUAACAUGCAAGAAGAAAGUACUGAUAAUAGGUUUUUCUGGAAUCAAUCAUUGCAUUUGCAUCUGAAACAUUAUGGAGUAAAGUGUGAUGAGUGGUUAUUACGACUCAUGUGUGGAGGAGUGGAGAUUAGAACUAUUUAUGCAGCUCACAAACAAGCAAAGGCUUGCAUUAUUUCUCGACUGAGCUGUGAACGAGCUGGGACCAGAUUUAAUGUUCGAGGAACAAAUGAUGAUGGCCAUGUAGCCAAUUUUGUUGAAACAGAGCAGGUGAUAUUUCUAGAUGAAUGUGUGUCAUCUUUUAUACAAAUUCGUGGAUCUAUUCCAUUAUUUUGGGAGCAACCUGGCUUACAGGUUGGAUCUCAUCGUGUCAGAAUGUCAAGAGGAUUUGAAGCGAAUGCACCAGCCUUUGACAGGCAUUUUCAUACUCUUAAAAAUAUAUAUGGUAAGCAGAUAAUUGUGAAUCUUCUUGGUUCAAAAGAAGGAGAGCAUAUGCUUAGCAAAGCUUUUCAGAGCCACUUGAAGGCAUCUGAACAUGUUAAUGACAUCAAAAUGGUAAACUUUGACUAUCAUCAAAUGGUGAAAGGUGGAAAAGCAGAAAAGCUGCAUGGUGUUCUUAAACCACAGAUCCAGAAAUUCUUUGAAUGUGGAUUUUUUUAUUUUGAUGGAAAAGAAGUUAAAAGAUCACAGAGUGGUACUAUAAGAACAAACUGCUUGGAUUGUCUAGAUAGAACAAAUAGUGUGCAGGCAUUUAUUGGCUUAGAGAUGCUAACAAAACAAUUAGAAGUUUUAGGCUUAGCUGAAAAACCUCAGCUGGUUACUCGAUUCCAGGAAGUUUUCCGGUCAAUGUGGUCUGUUAAUGGUGAUUCGGUCAGUAAAAUAUAUGCUGGAACUGGAGCUCUUGAAGGAAAAGCAAAGACCGGAAAGCUGAAGGAUGGUGCACGUUCCGUGACUAGAACAAUUCAAAAUAACUUUUUUGAUAGCUCAAAGCAGGAAGCUAUUGAUGUUUUGUUGUUGGGCAAUACCCUGAAUAGUGAUUUAGCAGACAAAGCACGGGCUCUCUUGACCACUGGCAGUUUACGUGUUUCAGAGCAAACUUUGCAAUCAGCAUCAUCAAAAAUACUGACGAGCAUGUGUGAGAACUUUUACAAAUAUUCAAAGCCCAAAAAAAUUCGAAUUUGUGUUGGAACAUGGAAUGUCAAUGGAGGGAAACAAUUUCGAAGCAUUGCUUUUAGAAACCAGACUCUGACUGACUGGCUUUUGGAUGCACCAAAGAUAGCUUGCAUCAGUGAAUUCCAAGAUCGAAAGAGCAAGCCCAUUGACAUCUUCGCUAUAGGGUUUGAAGAAAUGGUAGAGCUAAAUGCAGGAAACAUUGUGAGUGCAAGUACAACUAAUCAGAAGUUAUGGGCUGCUGAACUGCAGAAGACGAUCUCAAGAGACUACAAAUAUGUUCUCUUGGCUUCAGAACAAUUGGUGGGUGUGUGCCUCUUUGUAUUCAUCAGACCUCAGCAUGCCCCUUUUAUCAGGGACGUUGCAGUAGACACUGUAAAGACUGGUAUGGGAGGAGCUACUGGUAAUAAGGGCGCAGUAGCUAUUCGAAUGUUGUUUCAUACAUCCAGUCUUUGCUUUGUAUGCAGUCACUUUGCUGCAGGGCAGUCACAAGUCAAAGAGAGAAAUGAAGAUUUUGUGGAAAUAUGUCGCAAGCUGAGCUUCCCAAUGGGCAGAAUGCUGUUUUCACAUGACUAUGUAUUUUGGUGUGGUGAUUUUAAUUAUCGUAUAGAUCUUCCUAAUGAGGAAGUAAAAGAAUUAAUUCGGCAGCAGAAUUGGGAUGCUCUUAUUGCAGGAGAUCAACUUGUUAAUCAGAAAAAUGCAGGGCAGAUAUUUAGAGGCUUUGUUGAGGGAAAAGUAGCUUUUGCUCCUACAUACAAAUAUGAUUUAUUUUCGGAUGACUAUGAUACCAGUGAAAAAUGUCGUACACCAGCUUGGACAGAUCGGAUACUGUGGAAAAGACGAAAAUGGCCUUUUGACCGAUCAGCGGAAGACAUGGACCUUUUGAACUCCAAUUUUGACGAUGAAAAUAAACUUCUUUACACAUGGAAUCCAGGAAGUCUUCUAUAUUAUGGACGGGCAGAAUUAAAAACAUCUGACCAUAGGCCUGUUGUUGCGCUAAUUGAUAUAGAUAUUUUUGAAGUUGAUGCAGAAGAGCGACACAAAGUUUACAAAGAAGUAAUUGCAGUUCAGGGACCUCCUGAUGGCACUAUAAUGAUUUCCAUUAAAGGAUCAUCAUUAGAAGAUAACUAUUUUGAUGAUAAUUUGAUUGAUGAACUUCUUCAAAAAUUUGCAACUUAUGGUGAAGUUAUACUUAUAAGAUUUGUAGAAGAUAAAAUGUGGGUGACAUUUUUGGAAGGCAGCUCUGCUUUAAAUGUUCUGGAUCUCGAUGGUAUUGAGGUAACAAUCAUUUCUAUUCUUAUUUAUACCUCUAUAAAUAAUAGUGGUGUAAGCAGAGUAUGUGAUAUUGUGAUGUAUUUUAGUAUUCUCUAAACAUUAGGUAUAGAU